CCUUGCGCGGCUGAAUGUUUACGGAAGGGAGUCUGAUGAAUGACCACCACAAUAUCGGUGUGAAAUCUUGAAAAACAGCCACGCAGGCCUCAAAUUGACUUGUCUCAUUUAGAAUAGUAAACUCCUGUAUUAUUUCGAAGGAUACAGCUAGCUAGGCUACAAAGGCCGUAGCUAGCUAGACAGCAAAACUUGACUCAACGUCAUAUCUCAGUACGAGGAAGGGGUUCUCAAGUACAGGUAGUCCUGACCAGACCUCUCUCCAGCACCAUGUGGGAUGAGGAGAUCAGACAUAUGGCGUCCAGCCACGCCAUCAUGGCAUCGGGGGUAUUUAUGGCGACAGUGGUGCCGGCGGUGCUAGUGCCGGGUUUCUCUGUGUAUGGGACACACCUGCUGUGGCAGUACUCUGUUGCCGGGGUUGUCGCUGUGGUCAACAUCUCCCUGUUCUGGCUGCUGGGGGUCAGCCCCCCUACCAAGAAACACACUAUCACCUACAAGGUGUCUAGGUUGGUGCGUUCCUGUCUCUACUUGCUCCUCUCCUGUCUGUUCUUCCACACUGUAGUGGUCCUGUAUGGAGCACCGUUACUGGAGUCUGCGUUGGAGACGUUCUCUCUGGCGGUGUUGUUGACCAGUCUAACUACUCUGAGGUGUGUGUGUGUCCUCGGGCCCAACGUCCAAGCCUGGAUAAGAGUCUUCAGCCGACAUGGGGCCAUGUCAGUGUGGGACACUUCUCUACAGAUGGUGGUCGGCUGCAGUGUUGUGGGAGCCUGGCUGGGAGCCUUCCCUAUCCCUUUGGACUGGGACCGACCCUGGCAGGUGUGGCCUGUGUCCUGCAGUCUGGGUGGAGUGAUUGGUUACCUGACUGGGCUAGUCGUCGCCCCCGCCUGGAUACACUGGCACCGGAAACACCUCACCUACAAGAGCAAGUGAUGGACAGGGAGGGAGGGAGUGUGGGUGGGUGUGAGAGAGUAUGUAUGUAUGUAUGUAUAUUGUAUUAUUUUAUUUAUUUUAACUAGGCAAGUCAGUUAAGAAUAAAUUCUUAUUUACAAAGACGACCUACCAAAAGGCAAAAAGCCUCCUGCGGGGACGGGGGCCCGUGAUACAUUUAAAAAAAAAAAACAGUAUAAAUAAUAAUAAAUAUAAACAAAACACUACAUAAAGAGAGGCCUAAGACAACAACAUAGCAAGGCAUCAACACAUGACAACACAACAUGGUAGCAACACAACAUGGUAGCAGCACAAAACAUGGUACAAACAUUAUUGGGCACAGUCAACAGCACAAAGGUCAAGAAGGUAGAGACAACAAUACAUCACACAAAGCAGCCACAACUGUCAGUAAGAGUGUCCAUGACUGAGUCUUUGAAUGAAGAGAUUGAGAUAACUGUCCAGUUUGAGUGUUUGUUGCAGCUCGUUCCAGUCGCUCGCUGCAGCGAACUGAAAAGAGGAGCGACCCAGGGAUGUGUGUGCUUUGGGGACUUUUAAUAGAAUGUGACUGGCAGAACGGGUAUUGUAUGUGGAUGAUGAGGGCUGCAGCAGUUAUCUCAGAUAGGGGGAGUGAGGCCUAAGAGGGUUUUAUAAAUUAGCAUCAACCAGUGGGUCUUGCGACUGGUAUACAGAGAUGACCACUUUACAGAGGAGUAUCGAGUGCAGUGAUGUGUCCUAUAAGGAGCAUUGGUGGCAAAUCUGAUGGCCGAAUGAUAAAGAAUGUCUAGCUGCUCGAGAGCACCCUUACCUGUUGAUCUAUAAAUUAUGUCUCCGUAAUCUAGCAUGGGUCGGAUGGUCAUUUGAAUCAGGGUUAGUUUGGCAGCUGGGGUGAAAGAGGAGCAAUUACGAUAGAGGAAACUAAGUCUAUAUUUAACUUUAGCCUGCAGCUUUGAUAUGUACUGAGAGAUGGACAGUGCACCGUCUAUCCAUACAAGUACUAUGUAUGUGUAGUGUAUGUAUGUGUAUUGUAUGUAUGUGCAUUGUAUAUUGGGGUGAAAGAGUGAUAUUGUAUGUGUGUGUAUUGUAUAUGUGUAUUGUGUAUGGAAGUGUGUAUUGUAUAUAUGUGCAUGCUUGUUAUGUCACUCCUCCAGGCUGCUGUUCAAUUAUCCUAGUAGUAUUCCUGCUGUAUUCCUUUGGCAUCUGAAUAUGUGUUGGGCUGUUGGUGGACAGGCCCUCUCCUGUAAAAUAUGAUGUUGCCAUGUAAAAAUAUUCCAGAUUUCCACUUUUUUUGACAAAUAAAGUCUUAGUUUCUUUUUA